CUAUUUUAUCAAAAAUUAUGAUGAAAACAGACUAAAUAUAAGUAGCUUGAGCGCAGACAUAUUACUUACACACCAAAAUGAAGACUACAGCUAUUAUUGUUCUUUUCGUCGUCCUUAGUGCAACUUCAGGUGCGCCACCAGUAAGGUAUGGUACAAUUAUAAGAGAAAACACGUUACGACACGUUCUUUUUGGAAACCUAAAACCACUUAUUCAAGGACCAUUAAAUAUUUUCUUUCUUGUUCCGGAACAUUUACUGUCACCUUUUAUGAAUGAAAAGCCUGGCGAAUUUCAAAAGCAAUUGGAAGAACAGCCAGCAGAAGAAAAACCAGCAGAAGAACAGCCAGCAGAAGAACAGACAAAAGAAGAACAGCCAGGAGAAAAUCCGCCAGCAGAAGAACAGCCAGCAGAAGAACAACCAGCAGAAGCACCGCCAGCAGAAGAACAACCAGCAGAAGAACAGCCAAAAGAAGAACCGCCAGUAGAAGGACAGCCAGGAGAGGAAUCGCCAGCAGAACAGCCAGUGGAAGAACCAAACGCAGACGAAGAAGCAAAACAAGCUGAAGAAAGUUCUCCAGACCCAAAUCCUGUAGUUGAUUAAAAAAAUGUGAAUAUGUGAAAUAAAAAUAAAGACGUACUUGGUACAUAAA